AACCUGGAAAGUGGGAAGAAAAUACGUGUUUGGCUUACAUGGAAACGUUACUGUGAAAAAUCUAGCUGUUAAAAGGCAUGAGAAGUGGAACGGACCAGUUUGACAACUUAGAAAAACACACGCAGUGGGGUAUCGAUGUUCUGGAAAAAUACAUCAAGUUUGUAAAAGAAAGAACAGAGAUUGAACUCAGCUAUGCAAAACAGCUUAGGAACCUCUCAAAGAAAUAUCAGCCCAAAAAGAACUCCAAAGAGGAGGAAGAAUACAGGUAUACAUCAACGAGAGCCUUCCUAGCCACUUUAAAUGAAAUGAAUGACUACGCCGGACAGCAUGAAGUCAUUUCUGAGAACAUGACCUCUCUCAUCACUGGAGAGUUAACACGCUACGUGCAGGAGCUGAAACAAGAGAGGAAAUCGCACUUCCAUGAUGGCCGAAAGGCACAACAACAUAUUGAAACUUGCUGGAAACAACUUGAAGCAAGUAAAAGGAGGUUUGAACGUGAUUGUAAAGAAGCUGAUAGAGCACAGCAGUAUUUUGAGAAAAUGGAUGCUGACAUCAAUGUUACAAAAGCAGAUGUUGAAAAGGCAAGACAGCAAGCCCAGCUGCGACAUCAAAUGGCAGAAGACAGCAAAGCAGAAUACUCUUCCACUCUACAGAAGUUCAACAGUGAGCAGCAUGAUCAUUACUACACGCACAUACCAAAUAUCUUCCAGAAAAUACAAGAAAUGGAGGAAAGAAGAAUCGUGAGGAUAGGUGAAUCCAUGAAAACUUUUGCAGAGGUCGACCGCCAAGUGAUCCCUAUCAUUGGAAAGUGUCUGGAUGAAAUAACCAAGGCAGCAGAAUCAAUUGAUCACAAGAACGAUUCACAGUUGGUAAUAGAAGCCUUUAAAUCGGGGUUUGAGCCUCCAGGAGAUAUUGACUUUGAGGACUUCACUCAGCCAAUGAAGCGGACUAUCUCUGAAUCCAGCCUUUCAAAUUCCAGAGGGGAUGGGAAAUCUGAGCCCAAGUUUGGUGGCAAAUCCAAGGGCAAGUUAUGGCCAUUCAUCAAGAAAAAUAAGCUUAUGUCCCUUUUAACAUCCCCCCAUCAGCCCCCUCCUCCUCCCCCUGCCUCUGCCUCACCCUCUGCUGUUCCCAACGGCCCCCAGUCUCCCAAGCAGCAAAAGGAACCCCUCUCCCAUCGCUUCAACGAGUUCAUGACCUCCAAACCUAAAAUCCACUGCUUCAGGAGCCUAAAGCGCGGGCAGACACAGUCUUUGUAUUUUCACAAAGAACUCAUGAAGAGGACUUUAGGGACACCCACGUGUGCCAUUGAGGCUAGGGAAUACGUUCUUUCUCUCAAGCUGAUAACUCUGAAUACACAGGUCUGGAGCCUAAUAGAGGGAGCAGGGCCAGAAGAUUUCAGCAAUCUCCCACCUGAGCAAAGAAGAAAGAAACUUCAGCAAAAAGUUGAUGAACUAAACAAAGACAUUCAGAAGGAGAUGGAUCAAAGAGAUGCCUUAACGAAAAUGAAAGAUGUGUACAUCAAGAACCCACAGAUGGGAGAUGCAGCGAGUGUGGACCACAGAUUAGCAGAACUUGGACAGAACAUUGAAAAGUUACGAAUAGAAGUUCAGAAAUUUGAGGGCUGGCUGGCUGAGGUGGAAGGCAGGUUACCCCCGCGGACUGAACAGGCCCGGCGGCAGAGUGGGCUGUAUGAAGCCCAGAACACUUCAGCAGUAAACAGCUGUGCACAGGACCGGGAGAGCAGCCCGGAUGGCAGUUACACGGAAGAGCAAAGUCAGGAGACUGAGAUGAAGGUACCUGCAACAGAUUUUGAUGAUGAAUUUGAUGAUGAAGAACCGCUACCCACUAUAGGAACAUGUAAAGCUCUAUAUACGUUUGAAGGUCAGAAUGAAGGAACAAUUUCUGUAGCAGAAGGAGAAAUGCUCUAUGUAAUAGAGGAAGACAAAGGUGAUGGGUGGACACGAAUCCGGAGGAAUGAAGAUGAGGAGGGUUAUGUCCCUACAUCAUAUGUUGAAGUCUAUUUGGACAAAAAUGCCAAAGAUUCCUAAAGGUGUUUGUGCUGGUGCAAGAACCUCGGGGCGAGCUUGUCACAGAAGGAGAAACAAAAUGGUCUGUUUACCCUGCAGGCAGUUAAAACAUACCCAUGGAAAUCCAGACUCCCAGUCUUGUCUGGAGUUCCCACUUGAAAAAUUCAGAUCUAAAUUCCAUCCCAGUGUCAUUCAGAUGCUUGCUCUUUUUUAUGGCAUGGUACUUGUGGCUCAGAUUAACAUGUCAGCCUUCCCCACUCUUCUGCCAGCUUGGCACGGCCCUUCUGUGAGACAUAACCAACACUUUUCCCCAGCCAGUUCCUCCCAACACAGUCCAAGAAUUGCUGCUGGCUGCGCUCUGAUGCAAAGGGUAACCAGAGAGUCCCAGGCAUGUACUGAUCUAUCUGCUGUCCUCCCUUGUCCCUCAGUCCAUCUGAAUGUGUGCACUGGUCCAUCAGCUUGUCACAUGGUGCCUUUAGUGCUAAUCCUGCAGGUCGGCACAUCAGAUAGCGAGGGAAGGAGGUGCAUACACAUGAAAAGCCACCUGUAGGAAAAGUGUUACAGCAGCUGGACUGGACUCUGAAUUUGCGGAUGUUAAAUUUUAUGCACAUGCAUUAUUCAAUAUUCUGCUUUCCCCAAAAGGUCACUAAUAUUUGUCAGCCUUUUUUUUUUUUUUUUUUUUUUUUUAAACUUAGGCUGAUUCUUAUUCUGAGUGUUAAAUCCCCGUGACCUUGCUGUUUCCUGGAAACCUUCAAGCUCAUGUAUGUAUGCUUGCUUUCCUGCUUGCUCUCUCUGCCCCGCCUCUGCUUCUCUCUCUUCCUCCCUUGCUCUCUUUCUCACACACACACACACACAGGCACACAGACACUGGCAUUUUGGUUUGAAGCCCCAUUUUGCUCGUCACAAAGACCUCCGUUUUGCUCUUGUUUCAGUCUGCAUGCUCGCCCUGUUGCCUUGCCUGCACCCACCUUCUUGAGGGUCACGUUAUUUGGUGGCUCACUGUUGAUAAUCUCUUUGCAUUUUUUUUUGUUGGUUUGUUUAGCAUUUCAGACUUGCCUUCUCCUUUUGCAUGACCUCUUGUGCAUUCUCAUCAGUUAAUGUUUGAAUAACAGAAUUUCUUUAGAAAAAGGAAAAAGAAAAAAGAACCUGCACUCUCUGUCAUUCUCCCACCUUGCCUUGGACUGGACCUCAACCCAGAAGCCAGACAGGACUUAUGACUUACUCAUCAGCCAUCCUGUUCGCACGUGAUUUUAUUUGAAGCAGAAGUAGCUUGAUAAGUGAUGCUGCACCUUAUGUCAUGCAGUGGAGAGAAAGCUAUAAUAUCCCCAAAUACCACAUGAUCUGGGCCUAAACGGCCUAAAAAGGGGUUGAUUGUUUUUCUAAACUUAUAUGCUGUAAAUGUAUUGUUUUCCCCUUAGUCUUUGCCAUUACUAUUAGAGUAAUGUUGUACCUGUUCGAGGCCUGUAAGAGUCAGUUGCUACUAAUAGUUCCUGAGGGCAUAAUUUAUUCAUAGAUUAACAAAUCAUUUGGAAAAAUCCACUUCCUCUUAGGAAACUUUAGCAUCUCUUGUAAUAUCCCCAGAAUUAGAAAAAAAUUAAUAUGAAGCCAUUAUGGCCAGUGACCCUAAAAUGAAGCCCCUCAGGUUUAGUUUGCAGACAGAUGUGUGUGUUGCUUUGCUGCCUGCUGUGUUCUUAAGCAGGGUCAGCAUGUAAAAAACAUGCCCAAGAAUCAUGUACUCUUCAUGUUGGGGAUUGCUUAGGUCUUCCUCACUCAGGAUGAAGUUAUUUUUGAAUUAGGUUACAUGUUGUGUUCAUAACUUUGUCCCUUUCUCUCCAUUCAAAAUACCAGUUUUUAUUUGUGAUAAUAAGGUCCCUCAUCCCUGCUGUUACUACUGUAGCUGUUAUGUUAUGGUGCUUAAUAUCUGCAAGCAUCUGCCAGCAAAAGCUUACUUUUUUUUUUUUUAAUCUAAUUGAAAUGGCUCAGGAGCCUGCACUGUCAAGCAGAUGAUACCAACACUGAGGCUGUUCAGCUACAGUGCUACUGGAGUCAGAAGGAUCAUAAUCAAUUGAAUUACCAUCCUUAUCAUUGCUGCUACUGUGUUCGCUUAACUGUUUAGAUCCAUGAGCCUCUGAUAGCAGAAUGUGAUUGUGAUCUACACAGUUGGCACUUGUAGCUUUGUACAAAAAUUUGUGACAUAGCUGUGCACAGGCUUUGUUGCACUGCAAAGCCAACAUAUCUCUAUCAGGGGAUCUAAAUGGUUAAGCUGUUAACAGGUGUGCAAAAAUCUUUUGAAUAUUUUUAGCUGCAGUAUUUUUAUUCUCUUGUGUCUGAUGCACUGUUGAAUCAGCAGCUGGAAUAAUUCAUUUUCACCUAUUAUUGUGCCAUCUAUGUAAAAAUUAGAAAAGUUUGCUUUUAUAUAUUUAAUCUAGGUGGACAGUAUAUUAUUGUCAGCCUCUGUGGAACAUUUGAACAAUUGCAAUGUCUGUGUUGCUAAUUAGCGCUUUAGAAAGAGCAUUAGCUUUAGCCGACUGAUUUUCUUCAAAAGAGUUUUAUUAAAAGACCGUGUAUGGAGUUUUUAUAAACUUGGUAACUAGUUCCCAAAAGCCUGGUUCUUAAAAUGUAUUACAAGAAAAAUUAGCAACAGUCAUAUAUUGUGGCCUCUACAUCUUUAUUCUGCUGCCUUUAAUCAGGGUAAAGAAUGGGUAAUUUUUGUAGAACUUACCUUUUGCAAAAUCUGAAGGACUAAAUAUGUGACUGGUUUAUAAAAACUCUGCCUGAAUUUACUAAUCUCACCCAGAAGUGUGGACUGUACGUUCUACAAAAUGAAAUCUCGUUGUCCCCAGCAAAAGUCUCUAAUGCCCUUUCUUAACAUCUGUAAAUAGAGAAGAAACAUAUUUACUGAUACUGAAAGCUGUGUUUAAUGCUGAGUAUUUUUCAGAAGUUCAUUUAGUUUGAUGCAUAUUGUUGUUUUUGUUUUCCUGCCUGAAGUGUCAAAAGACCUAAAAGAAGCCAAAUUCUAUUUUAACACGAUGAUGUCGAGCACUUUUUUAUUUGUAUAUGUGUGUGUAUGUGUGUUUGAGCACUGAACUUUAGAUUUUGGUGGCAUCUCAGUAUCGUGAUUUCAUUGCCAAUGUAAGAGGUUCUGGUGUGCCCAUUCAUUUCUGGAGACAGAAUUCAACCAAAUAAAGUGCUUCCAUUUGAAAGCGAAUAUUGACCUUGUAACAAUGAAAGGAAAGUCAUCCACAUAUUUAAAUAAACAUUUAAUUCCAGAAAUAACCUUUCCCUGGACCUUUUUGAUCUUCUAGAGAAGAAGAAAAGUGGUUUUGUUGUUUAUUUCCCAAUCAAAGAAGGCCUGUGCCUCUUUGGGGCUGCUUCUCUGAUUUGGUGAGGUAUUAUAGCCAUUGCUCUCUAGUGACCUUUUUGCCUUACCACAAGUAUUUCCAGGUGAGAAUUUAGCUGUGGCUUAUUGUUUUAGCCAGACAUAAAUUUUAUAGCCUGAAACUCCCCUAGGCUUCUCUCUUAUUCCUCAGCUUUCUCCUUGAAGUAUGGAUUUUGGUUUCAUGUUUAGUUGUAAAAUUUUUAGCAAAUAAGCUGAAACAGCCAAUUCCAGUGCUGUGCUUGCGUAUAGCUGCUGUUUUGUGAAGAAUGAUGAAAAAUUCUUACUUGUACUUUUUUUUAAAUUUCAUACCUGAUUUUUCCGGGUACUUGGGCUAUUAAUUUGGGUCUGCACUCGGAAGGAUAGUGCUUUGAGUGACGAUGUCUCACAAAUCUAGUUCCCAACAGGUCACUUUGAGAUACUUGUAAUUUUACCAAAUUUUUACCUUUCCGGCUGGCGCUAAACAUAGAACCAAGUGUUUUCUGGAAGCUUUAUCAGAAACAACGUAGUCAUUUUAGAGGAAAGAAAAAUGCAGUGUUCUGGCUGUAGUUGUUGGUGUAUUUGGGAAAGACAGGUGGGUCUUGGGGUUUUUCAACUUCCCCGCUUUAGUAGGAGGCCACAAGAACUGGAAGUUUAGGGAAGACAAUUCCUCUUAAGACAGAGCUGUACCUCUUAGUAUCCAUAGUGGGUGUAUUGGUUUAAUCAGAAGGCUUGGCAGAUGUAAUAUAGUAAUAGUAAUAAAAUAGUAAUUGUUUAUACAUUAAAUGUGUUGUGCCCCCGGCAAGUAACAUGUUCAUGCAUGUGUGCACACACAUGUAUGAAAUAUAGUAGUAUUUCCCUCCUUUGAAUAAUCUGUAAGUCUGGAUAAGGAUAUUUGCAGUUCAUUUUUAAUAUGCAGGGGUUGGUGAACAGUGGAUGGCAGAGCUCCAAAGAAAUCUGCUGGGCCACAGGUGCAAGGGGUACUGUGCACAUACUGUGCUGGAGCUGGCUGUCUUGAGCUGUAAUUUAUUUUCCUUUAGAGGAAGAGGGGGAAAACAAAACAAAAACAAAACCCAGAAGAUUGUAUUCUAAAUGUCUGAAGCUCGUCACAGCCCCAGAGAGGGGAGAUCUGAAAUGAGUACUGCGGCACUGCCCUGCUCCCCGAGCUUGUGCACGUGCUUUACAGCAUUUGUACACGUGCAUCCCCCUUCUCAGUGCAGGUUUUGGGGGCAGAAGGUGGAUAAUCAAAUGGGAGAGGAAUGUGCCUUCCUACCCAGCACCUGGAUGGUGCAAAAUGAACAAGAUGGAAGGGUAAACAGCUAAACGCAGCAGUCGGUGGGUUUCCACCAAGGGGACUGAAGCAGGACAGGAGUAUUGAGACAGCUCCUACCCACAUAUGUCUUACUGGCUGUGGGAGGUGUGGUGGGGGAAGCAGCCAGACAGACAGUGUUUGGGGAAAGGGCUGUGCACAUGCAUAAGGCACGUGGUUCAGGGCUCAUGCAACUUGUGAACUUCCUUUGGCAACCUUAAUUUUGCUUUGGUGUUUUUGUCCAGCAUUAACAACACAAAAUAACUGUGGCGGAGGUUGGACAAAAUUUUCCUUCCUCUUUUUGGAAGAAAGAAACAGCUUAUGCCAAAGAGGAAGAGAUCCUCAACUGGCAGAUGGAGGGUUCCCUUAAAAGGUCCCUCAAACGCUGUGUCAGGAAAGCCAUUGCUGUAUUCAACAGCAUGUCAGGGAAGUACAGAGAAACUGGGCAGGUAGCUCAAGGACACCACAACUUCCUCACUCCGUGGAGAGCAACACAUCCUACUACCUCUGCUUGGAUGCAGAGCUAUGGUGUGUUGGAUUUGUGGAUGGCGCUGUCUGCUGUUAUGUUGCACUGUGCUGCUUGGCUGACACACAGGCCUUGCAAUUCAGCUCUAAAUUAACCUAAAAUUCCUUCUUUGUCUUUAAGAGCAUUAAUCUAAAAAUCUCUUCUUCUUCUCUCUAGCUGAGAGAAACAUUCUGACUAGCUUCUGGACAGCUUCUCCAUCACCUGUUAGUCCAGUACAUUGGAAAUAGCCUCAUCUAGGAGCCAAGAGGAUUUGCAGUUGUGCAGCUCAUAGUAGGUAGUACCUGAGUAACAUCUGACUGUCAAAUAUGGAGUAAUGAGGCUUCAUCUGAAGCAGCUAUA